CCGCGCCCCGCCCCGCGUCCAGCCCGCGCCUCGGACCGCCCAGACCUUGUAGGUGAAGCCCCUGCGCUCCGAGGGGCCGGGCCUGGGCACUCGGGACCGACCGGGAGGGUCUGGGCCCCUCCAGGGCGUGUGCGGGCCGGUGCCACACAUGGGCACCCUGUGGCUGCUGGCACUGGUGGGGGCCGCCGGCCUGGCCGCUGGGCUGCCCCCCAACAUCCUGCUCAUAUUCGCCGAUGACCUGGGUUACGGAGACCUCGGGGUCUACGGGCACCCCAGCUCCACCACCCCCAACCUGGAUCAGCUGGCCGCCGGGGCCCUGCGCUUCACAGACUUCUACGUGCCAGUGUCUCUGUGCACGCCGUCCCGUGCCGCUCUGCUGACCGGCCGCUUCCCCGUGCGGAUGGGCCUGUACCCCGGAGUCCUGGAACCCAGCUCGCGGGGGGGCCUGCCCCUGGGCGAGGUGACCAUGGCGGAGAUGCUGGCUGCUCAAGGCUACCUCACAGGCAUGGCUGGAAAGUGGCACCUUGGGGUGGGCCCUGACGGGGCCUUUCUCCCCCCUAACCACGGCUUUCACCGCUUCUUGGGGAUCCCCUACUCCCACGACCAGGGCCCCUGCCAUAACCUGAUCUGCUUCCCGCCGAGCACCACCUGCGAGGGCUCCUGUGACCAGGAUGUGGUUCCCAUCCCGCUGCUGAACAACCUGACAGUGGAAGCACAGCCGCCCUGGCUGCCCGGCCUGGAAGCCCGCUACGUGGCCUUCGCCAGGGAGCUCAUGGCUGAUGCCCAGCGCCUAGGCCGCCCUUUCUUCCUGUACUAUGCCUCGCACCACACCCACUACCCCCAGUUCAGCGGCCAGACCUUUGUGGGACGAUCAGGCCGGGGGCCUUUUGGAGACUCCCUCAUGGAGCUGGACACCGCAGUGGGGGCCCUGAUGACAGCCUUGGGGGACCUAGGACUGCUGGGGGACACGCUGGUCAUCUUCACUGCUGACAAUGGACCCGAGACCAUGCGCAUGUCCCAUGGCGGCAGCUCUGGCCUCCUGCGCUGCGGAAAGGGAACCACAUUUGAAGGCGGCGUCCGAGAACCUGCCCUGUUCUUCUGGCCAGGCCACAUCGCCCCAGGUGUGACACAUGAGCUGGCCAGCACCCUCGACCUGCUCCCCACCUUGGCAGCGCUAAGCAAGGCCACACUGCCCAACACCACCUUGGACGGCUUCGACCUCAGCCCCGUGCUGCUGGGCACUGGCCCGGUGAGGCCCUGGGCAACCCCUCGCCCGGCGGGCACCCGUUCCUCCGGGAAUCCCUGUGGGCUCCAGCAAAGCCCCCGGAAGUCUCUCUUCUUCUACUCGCCCUUCCCAGACAUGAUCCGUGGGGUCUUUGCAGUGCGGAGUGGGAAGUACAAGGCUCACUUCUUCACCCAGGGCUCUAAGCACAGUGACACCACAGCCGACCCUGCCUGCCACUCGACAAGCCCUCUGACAGCCCACGAGCCCCCGCUGCUCUUCAAUCUGGCGGAGGACCCCAGCGAGAACUACAAUCUCCUCGAGAAAGUGACAGACGUCUCCCCAGAGGUGAUGCAGGAGCUGAAGCACCUCCAGCUGCUCAAGGCUGAGUUCGACGCUUCUGUCGUCUUUAGCCCCAGCCAGAUGGCCCAGGGCGAGGACCCCGCACUGCAGAUCUGCUGCCUGCCCAGCUGCAGCCCAAAGCCCAGCUGCUGCCACUGCCCAGAGUCCAAGACCUGAGGGCCCUGAGAACAA